AUGGCUUCAAAUGCUACCUUGGUAGGAUCCAUACCUGAAGUGAUUGACAGCGACAAGCAGAAAAAGUCAAUCUUUCAGCAUCUGGUGCCUUUGUCAUAUUCUGUGGAGAGACGUCUCUUGUUCAAAAUUGAUGUGUCGGUCCUCAUAUUUGCUUCGAGGAUUCUGACACCCUGGAAGCUGGGAUAUUUCAUCAAGAAUUUGGACCAAUACUUUGCUGGAAUGCAUGAAGACUUUGGAACAGUCUGGAAGUCUGCCCUGGUGGUAAUCGAGGUGGGGCCACCCAUCCUGCUAAUGAAACACCAGUGUCAGAACUAUUACUGCAAUACCUCUAGCUUCAGUAAGAUAACCAUCAGGAGAAGACUCGAAGCUAGCUGUACAGUCUGCACAGACUGUAGCCCAGCUGUGCCAGAAGCAUCAAUAACAGAGAACAUAGAAGAUGAUGAUAGACACUCACAGAAGGAGACCACCUUAGAGGUCAUCACCAAAUGCAUAGUCAUCAGCAUUUUCUUUGACUUCAGUGGUCUUGGUGUUGUAAGGAGAGGUCUCCUCAAUGGCAGUGAUGAGGUCUUGGUCAAAGAAUGCUUGGCCUGUGUGUUUUUUAGUGAUUGGAUGAAAGAGGAAGCAAUAUACACUGUCCUUGAGGAGCUGUCAGUCUAUGAAGGAGAGGAGUAG